AUGGCGGCGGCGGCGGCGGUUGCUCUACCUCAGUCGCUUGGCUCUCGCCGCAGCCGCUCUGGCUGGGAUGGGACGGCGGGAAGGAGAGCGGCGGCGGCGGCAGCUCCGGCCUUGGUGGCGUUGGCAGCCGCCGUCGCCGCCGUCGCCUCGGCUUCGCAGGAUCCCGGCGCGGCGGGGCGGCCAGUGAGGGAGCUGAGCGGGUCCAACUGGAGCCUCCUGCUGCAGGGCCAGUGGAUGGUCCAAUUCUACGCCCCUUGGUGUCCCGCUUGUCAGGAGAUGGAAUCGGCAUGGGAGGCUUUUGCAGAAAACAGCAAAGACCAUGAACUCCGUGUGGGCAAGGUGGAUGUCACUCAAGAACCAGGCGUAAGCGGUCGCUUCUUUGUUACGACACUACCCACUAUUUACCACGCAAAGGAUGGAGUGUUUCGAAGAUACCGUGGCUUGAGGACGCUGGAGGAUUUAGAAGCCUAUAUCCUGGAGAGAAAGUGGGAAGCUGUAGAACCUGUGGCAGGAUGGAAGUCCCCAUCAUCUAUUAUGAUGCAUGGAAUGGCAGGACUCUUCCAUUUAUCUGCAUGGAUCAGGCAAAUCCACAACUACUUAACAGUCACUCUUGGAAUUCACAUUUGGGGUUCUUAUGCAGUCUUCAUAUUGGCCACUUUAUUGAUUGGUCUAAUCCUGGGCUUGAUACUGGUUUUACUUACAGACUGCAUUUUCCCACCUAAGUCCGAAGUGGAAGAUUCUGACUUGGUGGACCGCAGUGAUGAUAAAACAGAGGAGCAACAGGAGACAGUAGAGCAUAUAGCCGAAGAACCCGAUGCAGAAAAAGGUUUGUCUGAUGGAGAAGAUGAGGAAGAGGAGUCUCAGGGAAACUCUUCGGAGGACUCUGCAGUUGAAGGAUCCGAGACUGAAAAUGACUCUGAGAACCAUGCAUCUGACAAAGCGGAGCAAAGCUCUUUAAGGCAACGUAAAAACCAGGUGGAGGCUGAUGGACUAUAGUGCAAUUAGCUGUGUAUGUACUUUUUAUCUGGACCAAAGAAGCAUCGGGGACCAUCCUUGAUUGCAGCUGAAGCCAAACACUCGACCUGUAAACUGUUACAGCUAAAUCCAUACUUUGUGUC